AAAUGUCAUAAUAUAACCUAAAAUAAAACUACGUUUUUAAGUCUAUUUUGAAAACACAGUUAAAAUAAAUGUGAUUAAAAUGGGUUUAAAGCCUGGAGAUGAAUCGGAACCAAUGGAAAUUACUUUUAAUGAUGAUGACCUACCCUAUGAAGAAGAAAUUUUGCGAAAUCCGUAUUCCGUGAAACAUUGGUUGCGGUAUAUAGAUCAUAAAAAAUCGGCCCCGAAUAACGGAGUUAACAUUAUUUUUGAAAGAGCUUUAAAACAAUUACCAGGAUCUUAUAAACUGUGGUACAACUACUUACGAACCAGAAGAAACCAAAUCAAAAGCAAAUGUAUAACGGAUCCGGGUUAUGAAGAAGUGAAUAACGCUUUCGAACGAUCUUUAGUGUUUAUGCAUAAAAUGCCCAGGAUAUGGAUGGAUUAUUGCACAUUUUUGACAGAUCAGUGUAAAAUUACCAGAACUAGGAAAGUAUUCGACCGAGCUCUUAGAGCUUUACCUGUUACGCAGCACAAUAGAAUUUGGCCUUUGUAUUUGAAAUUCGUACAGAAACAUGAUAUUCAAGAAACGGCUGUAAGAGUGUUUCGAAGAUAUAUGAAAUUGUGCCCAGAAAAUGCAGAGGAAUACAUAGACUACCUAUCAAAUAUAGAAAGAUUAGACGAAGCUGCAAUGCUCAUGGCUAAAAUAGUCAAUGACGAAAAUUUCGUUUCGCAACAAGGAAAAUCCAAACAUCAGCUGUGGAACGAGCUUUGCGAACUCAUCUCUAAAAACCCCGAGAAAGUUCAUUCUUUAAACGUCGAUGCGAUCAUCAGGGGCGGCUUAAGGCGAUAUACCGAUCAAUUAGGUCAUUUGUGGAAUUCUUUGGCUAAUUAUUACGUGAGAAGCGGUUUAUUCGAGAGGGCUAGAGAUAUAUAUGAAGAGGCGAUUCAGACUGUCACGACCGUUAGAGAUUUCACUCAGGUUUUUGACGCUUACGCUCAAUUCGAGGAGCUCAGUUUAAGUAAACGUAUGGAGGAAGUGGCGACGAAGCAAAAUCCGUCAGAAGACGAUGAUACGGAACUGGAAUUGAGACUGGCCAGAUUUGAAUAUCUGAUGGAGCGCAGAUUGUUGCUUUUGAAUUCGGUUUUGUUGCGCCAGAAUCCUCAUAACGUACAGGAAUGGCACAAACGAGUACAACUUUAUGAAGGCAAACCGCACGAAAUAAUUAACACGUACACUGAAGCCGUCCAAACUGUGGAACCGAAAUUGGCCGUGGGCAAAUUGCACACACUUUGGGUGGAUUUCGCCAAAUUUUACGAAACCAACGGGCAAAUCGAGGAGGCUCGACUCAUUUUCGAAAAGGCCUCGCAAGUGUCGUACGUCAAGGUCGACGAUUUGGCCACCGUGUGGUGCGAAUGGACGGAAAUGGAGAUCAGAAACGAGAAUUACGACGAAGCGCUGAGGCUAAUGCAGAGGGCAACGGUAAUGCCCAGCCGCAAAGUGGCAUAUCACGACGAUUCAGAAACGGUCCAAAGUCGUCUCUACAAAUCCUUAAAAGUUUGGUCAAUGUACGCCGAUUUGGAAGAAAGUUUCGGAACGUUCAAAUCCUGCAAAGCCAUCUACGACAGGAUCAUCGAAUUGAAAAUCGCCACGCCACAAAUAAUCAUCAAUUACGGCGUCUUUCUGGAGGAAAACAACUAUUUCGAGGAGGCUUUCAGGGCAUACGAAAAAGGUAUAUCGUUGUUCAAAUGGCCGAACGUGUACGAUAUUUGGAACACUUACUUAACGAAGUUUUUAAAACGAUACGGUGGUACGAAACUGGAACGAGCUCGUGAUUUGUUCGAACAGUGUUUAGAUGGGUGUCCGCCGCAAUUUGCCAAACAUCUGUACUUGCUGUAUGCCAAAUUAGAAGAGGAACACGGAAUGGCCAGGCACGCCAUGGCCGUUUACGAAAGAUCUACAACAGCGGUUCCAGAAAACGAGAUGUUCGAUAUUUUCAACAUUUAUAUCAAAAGGGCCGCCGAAAUUUACGGUAUACCUAAGACGCGACAAAUUUAUGAAAAGGCCAUCGAAGUACUUCCGGAGGAUAAAACCAGAGAAAUGUGCCUUCGAUUCGCCGAUAUGGAAACCAAAUUGGGCGAAAUCGAUAGAGCGCGAGCGAUAUACGCUCAUUGCAGUCAAAUUUGCGAUCCGCGAAUAACGGCGGAGUUUUGGCAGAUCUGGAAAGAAUUCGAGGUGAGGCACGGUAACGAGGAUACCAUGCGGGAAAUGUUGAGGAUCAAGCGCAGCGUUCAAGCCGUCUACAAUACACAGGUGAACAUGAUGUCGGCACAAAUGUUGAGCUCCGCGGGCAGCAUGAGCGGCACCAUUGCCGAUUUAGCGCCCGGGGUCAAAGACGGUAUGCGAUUGUUGGAGGCUAAAGCUGCAGAAAUGGCGGGGAUUCCGCAGAGCUCGACCAAACCCGGGAAUAUUAUGUUCGUCAGAGGGGAAACCCAGGGGGCUAAUAAGGAUAGAGUCGUUAAUCCUGAUGAAAUUGAUAUUGGCAGCGAUGAUGAAGAUGACGAGGAGGAAGAGGAUGAUAUACAGGUCGAAAAGCAGAACGUGCCGUCGGAAGUGUUCGGUAGUUUGAAGAAAAAUCAGCAAGGAAAUGAUGAGGAUGAUGAAGAUUGA